CCGCGGGGCAACAUGGCGACGUCUAAUCUCCUAAAGAAUAAAGGUUCACUUCAAUUUGAAGACAAAUGGGAUUCCAUGCGCCCCAUUGUUCUGAAGCUUUUGCGCCAGGAAUCUGUCACCAAACAGCAGUGGUUUGAUCUAUUUUCGGAUGUGCAUGCAGUUUGCUUGUGGGAUGAUAAGGGUCCAGCAAAAAUCCAUCAGGCUUUGAAAGAAGACAUCCUUGACUUCAUUAAACAGGCACAGGCAAGAGUGCUGAGUCAUCAAGAUGAUACAGCUUUACUAAAAGCAUACAUAGUAGAGUGGCGCAAAUUCUUUACACAGUGUGAUAUCUUGCCUAAACCAUUUUGUCAGUUAGAAAUUACUUUAAUGGGUAAGCAGGGCAGCAACAAGAAAUCCAAUGUAGAAGACAGUAUUGUUCGAAAGCUCAUGCUAGAUACAUGGAAUGAGUCCAUAUUCUCAAAUAUAAAGAAUAGGCUUCAGGACAGUGCAAUGAAGUUGGUCCAUGCUGAAAGACUAGGCGAAGCUUUUGACUCUCAACUGGUUAUUGGAGUUAGAGAAUCAUACGUUAACCUUUGUUCUAAUCCUGAAGAUAAACUUCAGAUUUACCGGGAUAACUUUGAGAAAGCAUAUUUGGAUUCAACAGAGAGAUUUUAUAGAACACAGGCUCCUUCUUAUUUGCAGCAAAAUGGUGUACAGAAUUAUAUGAAAUAUGCAGAUGCUAAACUAAAAGAAGAAGAGAAAAGAGCACUAAGAUACCUGGAAACAAGGCGUGAGUGUAACUCUGUAGAAGCGCUUAUGGAGUGCUGUGUGAAUGCCCUGGUGACAUCUUUUAAAGAGACAAUUUUAGCAGAAUGUCAAGGCAUGAUCAAACGAAAUGAAACAGAAAAGUUGCAUUUAAUGUUUUUGCUGAUGGAUAAAGUUCCUAAUGGAAUAGACCCUAUGUUAAAAGAUCUGGAAGAGCAUAUUGUUAGUGCUGGACUAGCAGAUAUGGUAGCAGCUGCUGAAACUAUUACUACUGAUUCUGAGAAAUACGUAGAGCAAUUGCUUACAUUAUUUAAUCGAUUUAGUAAGUUGGUUAAAGAAGCUUUUCAAGAUGACCCAAGAUUUCUUACUGCAAGAGACAAGGCAUAUAAGGCAGUUGUCAAUGAUGCUACAAUAUUUAAACUUGAAUUGCCAUUGAAGCAGAAAGGGGUUGGAUUGAAAACACAGCCUGAGUCCAAAUGUCCUGAGCUGCUUGCUAAUUACUGUGAUAUGUUGCUAAGAAAAACACCACUAAGCAAAAAACUAACCUCUGAAGAAAUUGAAGCAAAGCUUAAAGAAGUGCUUUUGGUACUUAAAUAUGUACAGAAUAAAGAUGUUUUUAUGCGAUACCACAAAGCUCACUUAACAAGACGUCUAAUAUUGGAUAUAUCGGCUGAUAGCGAAAUUGAAGAGAACAUGGUGGAAUGGUUGAGAGAAGUGGGUAUGCCAGCGGACUAUGUAAACAAAUUGGCUAGGAUGUUCCAGGAUAUUAAAGUAUCGGAAGACUUGAACCAGGCCUUCAAAGAGAUGCACAAAAAUAAUAAAUUAGCCCUACCAGCUGAUUCUGUGAAUAUUAAAAUUUUAAAUGCUGGUGCCUGGUCUCGAAGUUCUGAAAAAGUGUUUGUGUCACUGCCUACGGAAUUGGAAGAUCUUAUCCCCGAGGUAGAAGAGUUCUACAAAAAGAAUCAUAGUGGCAGAAAACUGCACUGGCACCAUCUCAUGUCCAAUGGAAUUAUAACGUUUAAGAAUGAGGUUGGCCAGUAUGACUUGGAGGUAACAACAUUUCAGCUGGCUGUGCUUUUUGCAUGGAACCAAAGACCCCGUGAGAAGAUCAGCUUUGAAAACCUUAAACUGGCAACUGAGCUCCCUGAUGCAGAACUUAGGAGGACUUUAUGGUCUCUUGUAGCAUUUCCAAAGCUGAAACGUCAGGUUUUAUUGUAUGAACCUCAAGUCAAUUCACCCAAAGACUUUACAGAAGGAACCCUCUUCUCAGUCAACCAGGAAUUCAGUUUAAUAAAAAAUGCUAAAGUUCAGAAAAGGGGUAAGAUAAACUUGAUUGGUCGAUUGCAACUCACUACAGAGAGAAUGCGAGAAGAAGAAAAUGAAGGAAUAGUCCAGCUAAGAAUAUUACGAACCCAGGAGGCUAUUAUCCAAAUAAUGAAAAUGAGGAAGAAAAUUACUAAUGCUCAGCUUCAGACUGAACUGGUAGAAAUAUUGAAAAAUAUGUUCUUGCCACAAAAGAAAAUGAUAAAAGAGCAAAUUGAAUGGCUUAUAGAGCACAAAUAUAUCAGAAGAGAUGAAUCGGAUAUCAACACCUUCAUCUAUAUGGCAUAAUUUGAAGACUGUAAGAUGCCGAGAACAGAUGCAGAAGGGUGCUUCAGCAGACAGCUGCAACAGUUUGUGCUGCAGAAGGACUCAUUUUGACUUGCAUUACAUAUUAAAAUCCCUGCCUUGCCUUACAAGAGGACUAUGUUUUGCCAAUCUCAUUCAGCUAGCAUGAUGGCAUUCCCUUCAUGUUGCACACUUUUAACAGCAUGCUGUUUUUGUGGGGAAACUUGCAUUCAUGAAGAGCCCAUUGUGAGCUUUUUAAAGUAGAUUUGAUUUACACCCACCAGGAAGAAUACAGGUUUGGGUUUUUAGAUGAACAGUACUUGCACAAGGAAGUUACUCGAAUAUUCAUGCACUGAGGAACUGCUAUUAGUUUUGUUUUUAAAAAAAAUGCAAUUAGGACUAGAAGUAGCACUUUCACUUUGUGUUUUUGGAUCAACAGAGUAACAUGCUGUCCACCUUUUGGUCCUUUUUUAUGUAUAACAUUUGAGAGACAUACACAGAUGCAUCACAGCUGAUGACAUGUAUUUGUUACAAUAACAACCUGUUGGCUCAAGCAGUGCUUCAAUAUAGUAACUGGAUUUUUAAUAUUGACACACAAGUGAUGUAAACAUAUUUCCAACUUGUGGAUGUCUUUUUUUUUUCCUUAAGCAGGAGAUCACUGUUUUAUAUUGUUUGCUGUAAACAUAUGGAUAUACAUUAUUUGUUAUCUUGCCUGGACAGAUGGUUUAUUACAAUCCGUUUUGAAGAGGUGAAGCUUCCUUAGUAGUGAGUGAUUCACCUUAAAAACCAUGUUUCAUGGCUGGGUCUGUUUAUGGUGAACAGAAAUAUUAAGUGUAUUCCAUUGUACAUUUAAUAUUUUUCAGAUGUUUAAGUAUGACUACAUAAUCUGAAUGCAUUAAAAAAUUGAUGAACAACUUCCCCAAAUGAGCAAAUAACACUCUUAAAGAUCCCUGUGUUAAAUUUUUCACUGGUAUACAUGUAUAAUAGAAUCACAUGUGGAUAUUCUGGUGCUUUCACUGUUGAAAAGUCAAAUCUCUUUUAAAAAAAACAAGCAAGCUGCCCUGUAGUCAAUAGGAGUUGAAAAUGACCCCUGAAGGAAACCUGCAAAGGCUUCAUGGAGUUUCUGGUUUGCAGUUUUUAUGUAGAAAGAUUGUAUCAAAAUACCUGUUGUGUAUUUGGCAUUUCAAAUGGUACCUCUUUGUCCUUUUUCAACAAUCUUGAGUAACCAGUUGGCAGUAAUUUACCACCAGUGUUCUGAAAUGUCCCAGCAUGUUCUGGCAUCAUGACAUCAGUACCAUUGGAAUAGGGAGUCUACCUUUUGGGGUGAAAAAAGAAAAAAGGUAAGUCAUCAUCUUUUACUCAGUGUGAUUUGAAUACUCUUGUUUUUAAUGUGCCACGAGGCAGGCCUGCAAAAUUAUCCUGAAAAUGCUACUAGCCUAGGUACAGUCUAUUUUAUCUUAUAUGGUAAAUAAAAUGGCAAGAGAGGAUGUUCAGUUGUUACAAGAAUUGAAAACUUGCCCUAAGCGAGUGGGGAUCGGAAUUUUUGCAUGGUUUCUGCAAUGGGUAAAGUAAGUGUUUAAAAAAAAUCUUCUCUAGAUGGAUAUUUCCUCCCCUUCAAGCAGCUACAUGUUCUAGCACUAAAGAAUGGGCCAAUGUGAGUUCCUUGGAACAUUGCAUUUUUGAAUAAUUUUCUGAAGAAAUCUUCAGUUCUGAGAUCAGCAUCAUGAGCAAGCAAGAGGGAGGAAAAAAUGAGACACUGAAAUCUUGUAGCUUGCAUUUCUUUAUUGAUCUUCAUAAAUGGAUAAUAUUAACAAAUACAUUUUACCCUUUUAUGUUAGCACUGAAAGAUCAGAUUCGUAGCCCUACAGUGUUUCAAAAUCAAAAGUUAAUGGUGCUUUUUAGUUUGGCAGCAACACACUUUCCACUAUUUUCACAGUUAAAAGUUAGUUUUAAUAAUGGAGAUCUUUCUGUACAUGCUGCAAUAUUUUCAGCAUUUGUGACUUGAUUUUAAACUAUAGCUAAUUAAAUUCUCAUUUAGGAAUACUAGGAAAGGGAUGGCAAAGCCAUAAACUUAAAAUAUUUUAAGGAUGUGCUGAGCAUUUGCGGUUUCCAGUGUUUGACGAGAGAAAAUAGCCAUGAUACACUGUCACGUGCAAACAAGCUCAAUAUGAAACUAGGUAGUCCUGAUUCCUAAGCCCUUAGCUAAGUUUAGGGAAGAAAUUUGAGAUUGACUUUCAUAAACUUAUGUACCAAUUGUUUGUACAUUUAAGACAGCAAUAAAUUCUUACAUGCUAGCUAUCUGCAUACCUCCCCACACACCUAGACUCGCUUCUUUUUUUUAAUUACAACUUUCAUAUUAUUUAAACGUUCUUCAGUGUUUGGGCAGGGGAAUUUAUAAUUGACAAUGUACCUGUGGCAUUGUUCAGUUUUCUUUAAGUAUAUAUAGGAAAACAUGUUAUGUUUUAAAAAAAUGGAAUCUGAAAAUCACACCAGCAAUUUGCUAAA